AUGGAAGUAAAAAAUGUAGAAGAAAAGCAAUUGACACUUGAUGAUCAUAAGCAAUGGAGAGAUUGCUUAAUGAAGGAUGUAGAGGAGAUAACUGCAUACAAAUUCAAGAAUUCUGAUUUAUUAUAUCAAGCUUUUACUCAUUCUUCCUUCCAAGAAGACUCUGCAUCAUAUGAGAGAUUGGAGUACAUAGGUGACUCUGUUCUGAAUAUGUUAAUUUCAAAGCGUCAUUAUUUUGAUUACCCUGAUCUGGCUCCUGGAAAGCUUACAACGUUGAGAGCAGCCAAUGUAGAUACAGAGAAACUUGCUAGAGUCGCCAUCAAAUACAACUUGCAUAAUUAUUUACGUCACAAGAAGCCUUUACUUAAAGCACAAGUGGAAGAAUUCACAGAAGCUAUAUUACAAUAUCCAUUGCAUUCAGUAGGACUUAUUGAUCCCCCAAAAGUUCUUGCAGAUUUAGUUGAAUCGUUGAUUGGAGUUAUCUACAUUGACUCCACAUUCUGCAUGGAUACAACUUGGCAGGUGAUAAAAUAUUUGUUGCAACCCCUAAUUACUCCAGAAAAACUCGAGGUUCAUCCAAUGACAAAACUCCACGAAUUAUGUCAGAAGAACAAAUUGAAGUUAGAAUUUGUUGGUCAUCAAUGGGAGAAAACAGGAGAGAUCGAAGUUUUUGUCGACAGAAAACUUGUAGGGAAGGGAAAGUCAAGCGGGAAAAAAACAAUAGCACAAAAUAGGGCUGCACACAAUGCGUAUAAUCAAGUUGUUAGAAAUUUGGCUGAGAAAGUCACUAUUGAUGAUGAUCAAGCAGCAUCGGAGGAUGCAUUGAUGAUGCAAGAUACGACUAGUGAUGGUGAGUCCUUUGAUGAGGCUCCUGGAUGCUUGAUGUUGCGAUUGUUGGGUCAUGGGCUUUAUCCCUUCCUAUGUGCAUAA